GAUGUUGCGUGGCCCCCUUUGACAGAACGUCCCACUCACUCAGUCCCCUUCAUUUUGUUUGCCGCACAGAUCCAGGAGGCCGCAAGUCAGGGCCUCAAGUUCGUCGGCGUCAUACCUCAGUACCGCUGCCCCGUGAAGUCUGCAGGCAGCAGCGCCCCCAUGGACGCCAGCGAUGCGGAAGAGGAUCCGGGAAGGUGUGAGGAUAACGAGAACCCGGGAGCUCCGGCAGGGACGGAUGGCAGCCAGGAGCCAGGCCAGGGCCCAGGAGGGGAGACGCCCGACUCUGAGCAACACAGCCUGCCCUCGGGAGAGGGUGACAGGGCAGGCUCUACUCCACACGGAGUCAGCCACACUCUGGAUGGGCCAGAUAGUGACCUGCUGGAAGUGAGCGAGGAACCACCCAAGGGAAAAAUGGAGAUCCUCGCCCUCUUCAACAAACCGAAGAGCCAGCAGAAGUCCCGGCAGUACUAUCCGGUCACUAUUCCUCUCCGGGUCUCCAAGAAUGGCCAGACAGUGAGCAGUUUGGACGCCAACUGGUUGGAGCACAUGAGUGACCACUUCCGGAAAGGAGGCCUGCUGGUGAAUGCAGUCUUCUACCUUGGCAUGGUCAAUGAUUCCUUACACAGCCUGACAGAUGGAGUAUUCAUCUUUGAAGCCGUUUCCACAGAAGAUAGCAAAACCACGCAGGGCUAUGAUGCUAUUGUUGUCGAACAAUGGACGGUCCUGGAAGGCGUCGAGGUGCAGACCGACUACGUGCCCCUGCUGAACUCCUUGGCGGCCUACGGCUGGCAGCUCACCUGUGUGCUACCUACUCCCGUUGUCAAGACAACCAGGGAGGGGAAUGUAUCCACCAAGCAGAUCGUCUUUCUUCAGAGACCGUGUCUACCUCAGAAAAUGAAGAAGAAGGAAUCAAAGUUCCAGUGGCGAUUCUCCCGAGAAGACAUGCACAGCAGGCAGAUGAGGAAAUCCAAAGGUAAACUCGGCGCCAGAGACAAGCGACAAGCAGAAGAAAAUGAGAAGAAUUUAGAAGACCAGUUUUCCAAAGCCGGAGACGUGGGGAACUGUGUGCCAGGCCUGCGUCAGGAGGAUGAGGCCUCCGGGGAGCUGAAGGUGCCCAUCCAGGAGAUCACAGAAGGAAAGCUCGGUGUGGAGGGCGGGGCUGUGCAAAACGGUCCUGCGGGCCCUCCUGCACUGGGCUGCACUGGGCACUCCCAUCCCGGAGAAGAUGGCAGGGAGGGAGGCACCGAGGAAGUGGCUGCAGAGCCCGAGACAGCGGGGGACAACUGAGUCCUGAGCAAGUGAUGGCUUACGCCUGCUGUGCUGGCAAAGCGGGGGCACCGUGCUGGCAUCUGUGUGUGGGGGGGGCCGGUUUGCCCCAGUGUCACUUGUUACCCUUUGGCUUGGCUUGAUCUCUUCUCGCGAGCUCGCCGGGCCCUCCGAGGGCUGGGCCCCUGACAGUGUUGGUCUCUGCACGUCCGUUAGAAAUGUGUCAUAACGCCCCAGUGUUAGAGUGCAGGAGAGCAGGGUGUUUCUUCAUGUUUCCAGCCCCACGGGAGGGACUGGCCCAUCCAGUGCCUGUGUAUCCACCACCCGCCAGGCUUCCCAGGGAGCAUUCGAGUCCAGUCCAUCCGUGGACCUCCCUGGCUGUUUGCUGUUCAUUCCCACCGCCUGCGGGGCACUGUCCAUCCUGUGUGUCCUCUGCAGCUACCAGGUGACGUCACACCCCUGGAGGCCCAUCGGUGCCCUUCUCCACCCAAGCCCCACACACCCUGCUGCUCUGACAGGGAAAGUGACAGUGGGGCCAGGAGGUGCCCCACCUCCUGGCUUUUCUCAACAUAUUCCCAUAGAUAACUGGUAAUCUGGAAAUGAAGAGGUAAUUCUGUGUGUACGCCUGCUCUUGCAGAAUUUCUGAGAAAGUAUUCUGUAUUAGUAUUAAUGCCAAAAAUGUUUUUUAAGAUUUUGUACUCAGCACAUUAUUUGAACACAUGUUCCUUCUUUCAUUUCGGGGCUACCCGCGUGGCCGGGAGCUCUUGUUAUGUGCUAUUUUAAUCAGUGUCUCAUUGGCCAAGUUGUUUCCAUGUAUGCUGUCACGUGUUUAUAUUGUCCAGAAAGUAUUGUUAAGGCUUUAAGUAGAUGCACCUGGUGAACCAUGGAGCGAGAAUGCCAGUUUCUUGACCCAAACAACAGCCUUUCUCUUCUCUUUCUUGUUUAGUUACUUAAAGCAAUAAAUCAUCUAUGAGUUUAGUG